AUGCCCCAGCUCGGCGGCGGUGGCGGCGGCGGCGGCGGCGGGGGAGGCGGCGGCUCGGGCGCCGGUGCGGCCGGCGGAGGGGACGACCUCGGAGCGAACGACGAGCUGAUCCCCUUCCAGGACGAGGGGGGCGAGGAGCAGGAGCCGAGCAGCGACAGCGCCUCGGCGCAGCGGGACCUAGACGAGGUCAAGUCGUCCCUGGUCAAUGAGUCGGAGAACCAGAGCAGCAGCUCGGACUCGGAGGCGGAGAGGCGCCCGCAGCCCUCCCGGGACGCUUUCCAGAAGCCGCGGGACUAUUUCGCCGAAGUGAGAAGGCCCCAGGACGGCGCGUUCUUCAAGGGCCCCCCUUACCCUGGGUACCCCUUCCUGAUGAUCCCGGACCUGAGCAGCCCCUACCUCUCCAACGGACCCCUGUCUCCGGGAGGAGCGCGCACGUACCUGCAGAUGAAAUGGCCCCUCCUCGACGUCCCCUCCAGCGCCACAGUCAAGGACGCGAGGUCACCGUCUCCGGCACACCUGUCCAAUAAAGUUCCUGUUGUGCAGCACCCACAUCACAUGCACCCGUUGACACCGCUCAUCACCUACAGCAAUGACCACUUCUCCCCCGGCUCCCCUCCGACGCACCUCUCCCCGGAGAUCGAUCCAAAGACAGGAAUUCCCCGGCCCCCUCACCCGUCCGAGCUGUCACCGUAUUACCCACUGUCCCCGGGAGCUGUCGGACAAAUCCCCCACCCACUCGGCUGGCUCGUCCCACAGCAAGGACAGCCCAUGUACUCCCUUCCGCCUGGUGGCUUCCGGCACCCUUACCCUGCCCUCGCCAUGAACGCCUCGAUGUCCAGCCUGGUGUCCAGCCGCUUCUCCCCUCACAUGGUGGCCCCCGCCCAUCCCGGCCUGCCCACCUCAGGGAUCCCGCACCCCGCCAUCGUCUCCCCCAUUGUCAAGCAGGAGCCAGCACCGCCCAGCCUGAGCCCCGCGGUGAGCGCGAAGUCACCCGUGACCGUGAAGAAGGAGGAGGAGAAGAAACCCCACGUGAAGAAGCCCCUGAAUGCCUUCAUGUUGUAUAUGAAGGAGAUGAGGGCCAAGGUGGUGGCUGAGUGCACCCUGAAGGAAAGUGCCGCCAUCAACCAGAUCCUGGGGAGGAAGUGGCACAACCUGUCACGGGAAGAACAGGCCAAGUACUACGAGCUGGCCCGGAAAGAGCGGCAGCUUCACUCCCAGCUCUACCCGACCUGGUCGGCCCGGGACAACUACGGUAAGAAAAAGAAGAGGAAGCGAGAGAAGCAGCUGUCGCAGACACAGACCCAGUCCCAGCAGCACGUCCAAGAGGCAGAGGGUGCCCUGGCCUCCAAGAGCAAGAAGCCAUGUGUCCAGUACCUGCCCCCCGAGAAGCCCUGCGACAGCCCUGCCUCCUCCCACGGCAGCAUGUUGGACUCCCCCGCCACCCCGUCCGCGGCCUUGGCCUCACCAGCUGCCCCUGCUGCCACCCACUCGGAGCAAGCCCAGCCCCUCUCCCUCACCACCAAGCCAGAGACCCGGGCCCAGCUGGCUCUGCACUCGGCUGCCUUCCUGUCAGCCAAGGCUGCAGCCACGUCCCCCGGCCAGAUGGGCAGCCAGCCUCCCCUCCUGUCCCGGCCCCUCCCGCUGGGGUCCGUGCCCACCGCUCUGCUGACCUCUCCUCCCUCUUUCCCAGCCACGCUCCACGCCCACCAGACCCUCCCCGUGCUCCAGGCCCAGCCUCUUUCCUUGGUCACCAAGUCUGCCCACUAAGCUGCCCCAGCCCCGACCUACGCAGGCUGUCACGUGACUCAUCGAGUAGUAAUGAUUCAGAAGAAAAAAAAAAAAAAAGGAAAACUUUAUUGGUCAAUAUUUGACCACUCUGGACUGUUGUGUAAAGUGACUGAUAACAACAGCACUUUGCGUUUUGUAGAUGUAACCAGUAGCUGAUCUCAAGGCUUUUUUAAAAAACAAAACAAAACAACAAAAAAAAAAUCUUUACAAGAAACAGAACGGAAAAGUAGUGUGUUAUUCUUCCCGUGCGUGCUGUGGUGGAUGGACCUGGGCAGAAGACGCCUUCUCUCUACCUCUUUCUCUUCCCCGCUGCCCUCUCUCUUCUCAUCCACCCCACCUGUUCGGCUCCCCCUACUCCAUCUGCAUGUUUGCCGGUGCUGUGACUUCUAGCCUGGUACCUCUUCUUCCGGAUCCAUUCCUGGACGUCUCCUGUUUCCUGGCCCAGGCUCUUACCAUGGGCUCAGGACCAGGGGCCUUCCCCCGUGUCCUCCUUGUCCCCUGCCCAGUGUGAGGCCGUCACCUUGUGAGAAGACAUCUCGGCCUGAUUGGUUUCCACCAGCAUCCCUGCUCCCUCGGUGGGCCCCACCCCACCAGCCCCCAGCUGUCGGUGGGGAAGGAGGUCCUCUGAACCGGUCCCCCCACCACAAUUAAAGGGACUCAAGGUGCCUGCCACUUCCUCAGCGAAGAGGUCUGUGUCCUCCCCCUCGCCCCGACCUGUCGGGAUCUGCCCCUCACGGUCCCAGCGCGGCAGACAGGCCCUGGCUGCAGGGCCUGGUUCCUGCCACCUGGGUCAGUGCUGGCACAAUCUGCCAAAGCUCUAAGGACCCUCCCCCUUGUCCCCCUCACCUCACAUGCUUCUUCCAUGUGUAUUUUGUUUUGUUUUUAUGGUUUUUGGAGCAAUUUAAACUCCCAGUUGGUUAUUUUCACAAAAUAAAAUUGCAGUUGCAAGACCU